CGCAGCAGCAGCAGGAAUUAAAUAUAAACGAUCAGUUUUAAUCGUUCUGUAUUUCUAUAGUUUAGUUCUGAUCGGAGGUGAGACAUGUCGGGUUUAUCUCCCGGUGAUCCUCAGCUGGUCUCUAUGAUAGUAAAUCAUUUAAAAACUCAGGGAUUGUUUGAUCAGUUCAGGAGAGAUUGUCUGGCGGACGUCGAUACAAAGCCUGCGUACCUUCACCUGAGACAGCGAGUGGACAACUUCGUCUCCAAUCACCUGUCCAACCACACAUGGAGCCCCCAACUGAACAAGAACCAGCUGAGGAACAACAUCAGACAGCUGGUGCUGCAGUCAGGAAUGCUGGAGCAGGGCGUGGAUCGGAUCGUAGCGCAGGUCGUCGACCCAAAGAUUCAACACACCUUCCGACCGCAGGUGGAGCGCAUAGUUCGUCAGUUCCUGUCUCCUGACAACCACGCCGAGGAGGAGGAGGCUCAUCACGCCCCCGCUUCACUCAUUAACAACCAGGAAGAUCAGCCGUCAGCUUCAGCUUCAGCCUCCGCUUCCUCUCAGAACCUCGACGCCGCCAUGGCAGGAACACAGGACGAGCGUAAGGAAGACGUGAGCGCGGCGGAGGAGGUCAAGAGAGACGUAGAGAUGAGAGACGGAGACGAGAAGCAGGAACAGAACGAUGGAGAGAAAGAUGUGAUUAACCAAGAGGAAGAGGAGGAGAAGCAGAGCGAGAUGAUGGAGGUGGAGAUCAAAGAAGAAGAGGAGGAGGAGAGGGAGGAGAAGGAGAUAAAAGAAGAAGAAGUGAAGGAGAAGAAAGUGUCAGUAAAGAGCCGAGAGGAGAGCGGCUCUGAGAAACAGCACAUCCACCAGAGAGCCAGAGAGCGACUGAAGGAAGAAUACUCUCUGGAAGAUUCCGAUCUGGAGGGUUUGAGUGACAUCACGGUGAGUUCGGUGCACACGAGCGACCUCUCGUCAUUCGAGGACGAGAGCGAGGACGAGCCGCCGCCCUCCGAAUCCACCGAGGAAGGAGAGAUCACGUCAGACGAUGAGAAGGUUCAGGAGAAAGAUGCGGGUGAAGAAUCUGAAGAGAGUAAGGAGAAAAAACCUCGCGGCGCGCGACAAGCCUACGUACACAAGCCCUUCCUGUACUCACGCUACUACAGCGACUCUGAUGACGAGGUCACGGUGGAGCAGCGGCGGCGUUCUGUGGCGAAAGAAAAAGAGGAGCGUUUACUGAAGAGGCAGCAGAAUCGGGAGCGUCUGGAGGAGAGGAGGAGACAAAAACUGCUGCAUGCAGAAAAGGAGAAGCAGAGAUCAUCACUGUCCCAUCAGGAGACCCUGAGGCCUCAGGCCAAGGAGGCACGUAAGGAGAGGAAGGUUCUGGAGAAGAAAGUAGCUCUCAGCAGGAAGCGGAGGAGAGAUUUACGGAAGGAGGACGAAUCAGGAGGCGGGAGAAAGAGCGACAGAGAGCCGGAAUCAGUCAGGAAGGACGACCCCGUUAAGACUAAGACAGGCUGUCCCAGGCCCGUGAGGAAGCUGUCUGAGCUAGAGGAUCAAAAGAGGAGGAAGAGCGUCUCCGAGGACACGAGCGAGCCACGUAAAGUCCUCGACAAGAACCGCACACACUCAUUUAUCCUGGAACUGGAGCUGGGAACCGAGGAGGCUCUGAGACAGAGAGGGGUUCAGAGGAACGAGCGGCUCGCUCGCAAAGAUAAAGAACGCAAAGAAAAGGAAGGAGAGCGGAGCGUCUCAGAGGAACCAGCACGGCACAAAGCCAAGCCGGAGAGCAAGAAAGCAGGAGACGGGUCGACAGACGAGAGGGAGGGCGGGGCUGUGAAGGGAACGGGCGAUGACAAAGGAGAGAAGAAAGUGACGAAGCUUAGAGUCGACCGGAAGAGCUCGAGUUCCGUCAGGGAGGGACGGCUGUCGGUCACUGAGGGUUCCGCCUCGGAGGAGGGAACGAAAGAUUUAAAGAAAGGAAAGAUUCCCUCAGAGGUUCCCAAAGAGAGAGUGAGAGGAGAGAAAGCACCAGGUAAGAGUGACCCAAAACAACCCCACCGCACGGAGUCCACCAGCUCCACCGACAAGAAGUCAGAGCCUGAGGUCACCUCAGAUCCAAGCAAGAAGAAAGACAAGCAACCUAAAGAUCUCACAAAGAGGUCAAAGAGUCACUCGGAGAGCAGGUCUGCCGAAAAGGUCAAGGUCAAACAAGAUGGCAAAGAUUCGGGUGAUAAAGAGAAGAUCUCCUCUCCAGAACCAUCCAGACAGAGCUCAGACACAAAGGUCAGGGAUUCAGAGACGGCGUCCAAAACCAAAUCCGUAUCAGAAAGACCAAGAACCAAAUCCAAAGACGACCUGAAACAGAAGAAUCCUCUGGUAACCAAGACUGAGAAGAAACCUGCAGGUCUGGAAGCGAAGGGGAAAGGAACAGCUCCCAGCAAACCUGAGUCCUCCAAAGAGAAGAAGAAGGAAGGAGUGACCAAAGAGAUGAAAGAGGAGAGGAGAACCUCAGAGGAACGUUCCACUGAGAAAGGAAAAGAGGUCAAGGGCACGAAGAAAACAAAUUACAAGAAGAUUAAAGAUCCAGAGAAGAAGGAAGGACCGAGCAAAAGUGAAGUCACGUCACAGUCAGACGAGCUCUCCUGCCGUUCUCCUGCUUCUUCUGCUGUUACUGAAAAGGUUCCGAAUGCAGCAGAACCUUCAGACACUCAAGAGUCUGAAUCUUCAGCGUCUUUCAAAAACCCUGAUCUUACCUCCGACCCACAAGCUGUUUAUACCGAGUCUAAUCUCACAGCCCAGCAAGACGUGGCUCCAGAGUCUGAUCCUGUAGCUCAACAAGCCACGGCUACAGAAUCUGAGACAUCUCAACAAGCCACGGCUACAGAAUCUGAGACAUCUCAACAAGCCACGGCUACAGAAUCUGAGACAUCUCAACAAGCCACGGCUACAGAAUCUGAGACAUCUCAACAAGCCACGUCUACAGAAUCUGAGACAUCUCAACAAGCCACGUCUACAGAAUCUCAGAAAUCUCAACAAGCCACGUCUACAGAAUCUGAGACAUCUCAACAAGCCACGGCUACAGAAUCUGAGACAUCUCAACAAGCCACGUCUACAGAAUCUGAGACACCUCAACAAGCCACGUCUACAGAAUCUGAGAAAUCUCAACAAGCCACGUCUACAGAAUCUGAGAAAUCUCAACAAGCCACGUCUACAGAAUCUGAGAAAUCUCAACAAGCCAUGGCAACAGAAUCUGAGACACCUCAACAAGCCACGGCAACAGAAUCUGAGACACCUCAACAAGCCACGGCAACAGAAUCUGAGACAUCUCAACAAGCCACGGCAACAGAAUCUGAGACAUCUCAACAAGCCACGGCAACAGAAUCUGAGACACCUCAACAAGCCACGGCAACAGAAUCUGAGACACCUCAACAAGCCACGGCAACAGAAUCUGAGACACCUCAACAAGCUACAGAAUCUGAGACAUCUCAACAAGCCAUGGAUGCCGAGUCUGAUGCUGCAGCCCAGCAAACCAUGGAUACAGGAUCUGAUCUUACAGACCAGCAAACUGUGGAUACUGAGUCUGAUCUUGCUGCACCAAAGGCAUCGGAUGCAGCUUCUGGUCCUUCAGCAUCACAAGCUACAGAUGAAGCUUCUAAUCUCAGAUCAUCACAAGGUACAGAUGAAGCUUCUAAUCUCAGAUCAUCACAAGCUACAGAUGCAUCAUCUGAUCCUUUAGCCCCUCAAGCCAUGGAAACACAGUCUGAUCCAGCAGACCAGCAAACCAUGGAUGCAGGAUCUAAUCUUGCUACCCCAAAAGCAACAGAUGCAGCUUCUGGUCAUGUAUCACAAGCCACAGGUCCAUCAUCUGAUCCCUCAGACCCACAAGCCAUGGAUACAGAGUCUGCUCUGACAGCCUCGCCCAAAACGGAUACCGUGUCUGAUCUUAAAUCCUCAUCAGUCAUGGAUGCAGAGCCAGAUCUUGCUUCGGAGACAGUUGCACAGUUCUCAAACUCAACCCCAGAGUCUGAUCUUACAGUUCCUCGGUCCUCAGACUCGGUUCCAGAGGCUGAUCCCACCACCCCUCGGUCCGCAGACUCGGUUCAAGACUCUGAUCCCACCGUCCUCCAGCCCUCAGACUCGGUUCCAGACUCUAACCUCACAGUAACAGAGGGUCCAGACUUGAUUCCUGCCGCUGCACCUGACGACAUGUUCGACGCCCUGAGCGACAUCACACCAGAACCUGAUGACGAAGAGGAGGCCACCAUGAGACUGGCUGAGAGCCAGACUCUGCCUCGCCCCAUCCCCGCUGAGGCUGAUGCCCUCCUGUCCCUGAUGGAUGUUCGCACCUCCUCAGCAGGAAGCGCCGCCGUCACCGGUGCGCCUGACGUUCAGGAGUCUGAGCUGUCGUUCCAGGACGCAGACUCGAAGAUGAAGGAAGCGGCUCUCACGCUGCUCUCCAUGGACCCGGACCAGUCUGUCUCGCCCAGUCUGAUCACCGCGGAGACGACACCAACUGACGUGCAGGGAGUGGGGUCUCCAUCCUCCGGCGCGGCGGAGGCAAAAGAAGCAGCGGAGUCACCUGAGGAGGUCAGGAACGAGUCUGAUCUGAAGACGUCAGGAGAGCAGCGGACAGACGACGGUACGAGUGAGGACUCUCACACGGCUGAACACACGGAGAUUAAGGAGGAAACACAGGCCACACGGAGAGGACGACCUUCUCGACUCGUAAAACAAUCAAGUGCUGCGUCUAAGUCAGAUGGAACAGAAGAGGAACGAUCAGACACGUCAGAAGUGGAUGAGCGGGCGGAGGGCAGAGUGACACGUAAAGCUCAGCGGUCCAAUCAGAGAGCAGCACCAGCUAAAGAGAACGCAUCCAGAGGACGAAGCGGUCAGGACACUCGAGCAGAGGAAACGGACACACACACACCAACAAAGAGUGAAGAUGAGGAGGCUGGAAAAGGAAGAAGACGAAGAUCAUCUAAACUCACCGAAGCUUCACCCAGUGAGAAAUCAUCACAGCAGGAAGAGGCGGAGCCACCCGGAGAGGAAGUGGAGCAAAAAGAGGUGUGCCGAGGAAGGCGUUCUGUCGCUAACACACCUGCUGCAGUGAAACCAGUACUGAAGAGGAGGAGGUCGGAUCAGGAGACUGGAACCGAACCUUCGGCUGAGGACAGAAUGGAGGAACCUGUAAAGAAAGCCCGAACUGAGAGUGAGAGUGUAACUGAGGGGGAGGAUGAAGAGAAGGAGGAGGAAGGAGAUACAGAGGGCAGUAAACAGAAACCAGAGAAAAAGGAACCUGUGAGGAAGACUCCACGCCGAGGAAGAUCUUCCAGAACUGCCCCAGAAGCUGGAUCAGAGAAGAAGGAGGAGGAGCUGCAGACUGAGGAGGACGAGGAGAAAAAGGAAGGAGGAGAAACUGAGGGCAGUAAAGAGAUGCUGGAGGAAGCGGUGGUGAGGAAGGCUCCACGCCGAGGAAGAUCCUCGAAGAACACCGGCAACACAGAUGAAUCAGAGAGUGUAACCGAGGAGGAGGAGGAAGCAAAAGACCAGAAGAAAGAGGAGGAAGAGAGCGGUAACGAGAAGCCUGAGGAAGAGGAACCAGCAAAGAUCACCCCACGUCGGGGCAGACCCAAAAAAUCCUCCAACACCGACGAGUCAGCUGUGUUGGAUAAGAAGGAGGAGGAGACGGAGACGGGGGAGGAGGAGGAGGAAACAGUAACUAAAGCUACAACACGAGCUGCUUCUCGACUCGAGGCUGAGAGAAAUAAACCGAGUAAACCGUCGACCAGAGCGCUGAGCAAACUGAGCGGGAAAGAUGAGAGCUCUACAACCACACGUUCCUCUCGUGCUCAGAGUUCUGCAGCGGUGAAGGGUCGGAGGAGCGAGCCGAAUUCUCCUGCACCUCGCACCCGCGCCGGCACCAAAUCAGAGGAACCGCCCACCAAGAGAAGCAAGCGAUGAUGCGUUUCCUGUGUGAGGUGAUGGUGAGGUGGACUGGAGGGCAGCGGGAGCUCACUGGUUAGGAUAUUGAAGAGUUGGACCCCUGAGCGAGGCCCUUGUGUUGUAUUAUCUCAUGAUUGCAGGUGUUAGUUGCAGUAGGAGCACCUUACCGCUGUUCUGUUAGUGUUCUGUGUUCCUGGUCAUCACUUUGAUUUUUAUACCAGGAUAUUUAGACUUUUUUUAAUCAAAUAUUUUAUGAUUUAAUGGUAGCGGCUGGCGCUCACUGGGUCAGGGCACGGCUGUGGUUCGAACUAAUCUUCGGCAGCAUGCCAGUCCUUUAUAUAAUGCGACCCUCAGCGUGUACAGUGUUGGUAGCAGUGAGAUGAAACGUUUCUCUAUCGGAAGGUGACCCGCCCGGUGCUGGACAGACACAGUUGGCCGUCUCGGAGGGAGGAGGGUGGACGUGCUAUCGCUUCCUUCCUCCUGCAACAGCGACUCCCACAAUACUGAUGGAGUAGUGAUGGACUUGUGUGCUCGUGUGUGAUGUACACUACCAGCAGGGCUGUCAUGCUCCCGGCCGAUCGCCAACGUACACAGGGAGCUGGGUACAUCCAAAUUUUAGAGCCGACAGUUUGAGCAAACUUCUUUUGUUUUUGUUUUCAUGAUGGGGAAAUAUUACACAGCAUCAUCCACUCGUCAUCAUUUUUACCCUGUCGACCCCAUUUGAACGUGUUCCUCUGUAACGUGAUGUGGACUCUUGUUCAGAUUGACAUUGUGUGUGUGUGUGUGUGUGUAGCUCUCUGUGUGUGUGUGUGUGUGUGUGUGUGUGUGUGUGUGUGUAGCUCUCUGUGUGUGUGUGUGUGUGUGUGUGUGUGUGGCUCUGUAUGUUUUGUUGGCGUGCUCAACAUGAAGCUUCUCAUUCUGUGAAUGUAAAGAAUCCGACUGCUUUUUUACAUGUAGUGUUUAUUAUAAAAGCCACUGGGACCA